AUGACCGCAGCCGAAGAGAAACCAGAGGUUGACCAGCAAUCCGCUGAAGUAGCCAAAACCUCUGGCAGUCUGAAAGAGAAGGAUGCCGAGAACCCGAUGGCUGGGUACAUUCCCCAGGCCGACGAGGAAUACAACGUCACGUUGAAGACAUGGUGUGUUGUGCUCAUUCUAUCCAUGUCCUACGGCAUCAGUUUCUGGAUUGUGCCUUCCAUCAGCGCUUGCCAGACGGUUACUGCGACGCAGCUCGGCGAUCCGAGCGCCGCCGCCUUCUAUGUCUCGCUGUACACGAUGACGGUUACUAUCGCUUUCAUGGUCUGCGGAGCGAAUAGUGAUCUGUUUGGGCGUCGGUGGUUCAUUGUGGGUGGGAAUGUGAUUCUCUUUAUAGGCUUCAUCGUUGGUGGUUCUGCGAAGAAUAACACGGCGAUGCUAGCGGCGAUGUCCCUGAUCGGAUUCUGGCGCGCCGCCGCUAUCGUGCUUGCUGAUGCCGGAGUGUACUUCGCGGUCGUAGUCGGACCUGUUGCAGGACGCUUUGCGGCAGAGCAUGGUGAUUCAUGGCGAUGGCUGUUCUACGCACCGGCCAUCACCGUGUUCUUUAGCUUUCUCGGCCUCUACUUCUUCUACUUCCCUCCGAAGCAUCCCCGAGGUCUUCCCACAAAGCAAGCCUUCCGCGAGCUAGACUACGUCGGCGCCCUCCUCUUCAUCCUCUCCGCGACCCUCAUCCUCGUCGGCAUCGUCUACACCACGACCCUCCCAUCCAGCGAUCCGAAAGUCAUCGGCACGCUCGUCAGCGGCUUCGCAUGUCUUCUCGUCUUCGGCUGCUGGGAGACCUUCGCUCCUCUCAAGCAACCGCUCACACCUCCUCACGUGUUCACCCGCGACAAGGGGCGUGAGCUCACCUUCCCGUUCAUCGUCGGCUUCGUCGUCACCAUGUUCUACUACGCCAUCAACGUCAUCUAUCCGACGAUGAUCUCCGUCUUUUUCACCGACGCGACGACAGACUUCAAGUAUGGCAUCGUGUUGACGUUGCCGCAGAACCUAGGUCUCUGUUUCGGCGCCGCCCUCCUCACAAUCUUCGGCCGCAAGAUCGGCCACUGGAAAUGGACACUAACCGCCUCCGUAACCGUGAUGGUCGUCUUCGGCGCGCUGCUAGCGCUCGGGAAUCCGAACAGGAAGGGCAUGAUGAUCGCGUUUGUGUUCCUCGCCGAAACAGGCUUCGGAUGGGCGCAGUACCUCUCCAUUGCCUUCAUCCAGUUCGGCGUGCCGCAGGUCGAACUCGGUAUCUCUGGCGGUCUGGCCGGCGUGUCGCGCUUUGCCGGAGGAGCGAUCGCUAUCUCAGUCUACACCACCAUCCUGACAAACGUGCAAUCCAAGCAAGCCGCCACGCUCGUCCCGGCCGCCGCCAUCGCCGCCGGUCUGGCCCCCUCCAGCGCCCCCGCGCUCCUCGCCGCGCUACCGCUGGGCGCCUCCGCCCUCGCGCAAGUCCCGGGCAUCACGCCCGAUAUCAUCGCUGCGGCUGCUGCCGCCUUCCAGCAAAGCUACGUCGUGGGGUUGCGGACGACGGCGCUGAGUAGCCUUAGCUUUGGCAUUUGCGCUAUCAUCGCGUGUCUGUUCUGUAAUGAUAUCGGGCAUAAGAUGGAUGAUAAGAUUGAGGUGUUUUUGGAGAACGAUGAGAAUGCGGAUAAGAAUAAGUAUCAUUGA